UCGUCGGGUUGGAGUGAGCAGCAGCAUUGUGUAUUCGCGAGCGAUUUGCAGCGCAGCAAAUGAUCACAUAAUCACGUUGAGGUCGUACGUAGUCAUUCACGCACUUUGUUUGUGGUUGGUCGCGCAUACAAUUCGUUCGCAGUGUUUUGAGUCGACGGGUGAUUUUACUGUAUGUGGUGGCUACCUCGAAAAAUUGAUAUCGCGCUUAGAAGAGUGUAAACGCCGCCGUUGAGGUAUCGCCGUCGUAUUAACGUUAUCAUCAAAUGCGCGAUUAUCGUCGGCGGAUUUUUAUUAAAAUACCUAUUAAAAAAUAUUGUUUCUGAUUUAUUUGAAAAACAAACAAAAAAAAAAAAGCGAAUUGUUACUUUUCGAAAUAGAAUUACGCACAACUGAAAAUCGAUGCGAAUUUUUGGAAUAUUUGAGAAAUAGCAAUUCCGUGCAAAAUGCGCUGAUUUAUAGAAAACAAAUAUUUUGAGUGAUUUUGAUGACUUGAAAACAUUGCGAAGGACGGAUUAAGUCAAGCAAAGCUACAUGCAUAAAAACACGAAUUCUUCAAAAAACUGUGAAAAUACGUAAACUAAGAAGAAAUAAAGAAAAUACUAAGUAAAAACAGUGUGGAACAAGAAAAGUUUUUAACAAGUGAAAAUUAAAACGGAAACGAAAUUGCGAGCUAUAAAAUCAUGAAGUGAGUAAAAAAACUGCUGUAUAAAUAAUUUUAAAACAUUUUUCAUUGUAAAAGCUAACCGAUUUGAAAAUACAAUUAAAAAAUUCAAAUAAACUAAAAAGCAAAUAUUUCGAAUAUUUUCCAUUCACCAAGUGCUUAACUCUGCGGUAGAAUACACCAUUUCUUAUCUGACAAAAAAAAAAACCUUAUCAAUCGGGAACAAUUAAAAUAGUUGCAAAAGUCACGUGCCCAACCAAGUCAGCAGCCCCCAACUAGUUUUCCGCCCACGCCAACAGUUACAAUAGACAAAAACAAAGUGCACACGCACACAUACGCAAAUGCACACCAAUUCAUGAACGGCUAGAAACAUUCGUCGAAGAGCGUCCGCGAUCGCCGCCGCGUAGCAAAUCGUUAAUUGCAGUGUAGAAAGUAAAAUGACACAAAUUAUACACUAAUUGCAAGUGUAGUUGGAAAGUAAGUCUACUGUAUGCGUGCGUUGUUGUUGCAAUUGGAAAUUCGUUGCUGAAAGAAUUGCUUCACUUUUGUCUUAAAGUGCGUGUCAUUGUUUACAAUAAUAAAAAGUAGCGAACAACUUGAAAAGCAGCAGCAACAAAGUAGUGACUGCGAACCAAUUUCAAAUUUACGGGAGCUGCAGACCUGUGCGCAAAUAUAGUCCCUUUACAUAUAACCAAAUUAUAUAUUGCCACCUUUGUGUGUAUUUUUUAUACUUGAAAUCAUUGGCGAGAUUUUUGCAAAAUUAAUGUCAGAUCAUUCGUUCGAAAUAAACAAGUAAAAAGCUAAAAUCAAUAAAUUUACAAGAACCCCUUCUCCUAAACCACUAAGAAUAUUUAAUUUUGUGCACGCGUUCCACAAAAAGCCGCCAAAAUUCUUGAUAAAGUGGCCUCGAUAGGCGCCAACACGCUCAACUUCACCGAUUUAGGGAGCCCCUAUGAGGGGCCUCCCAGUACACCGCAAUCCGGCAUGGACGCGCCUGAUGCUCCGCACACACCCAAGUACAUGGACGGUGGUACAACAACAACCGGCACACCGGGCGUGCAGAUGCCGGGCAAGUCGGCGUUCGUAGAGCUGCAGCAACAUGCCGCCGCUGGUUACGGUGGCAUACGUGGUGGUUAUCAACAUUUUGGACCACAAGGUGGACAGGACUCUGGAUUUCCAAGUCCACGCAGCGCCUUAGGUUAUCCUUUCCCGCCCAUGCAUCAGAACUCAUAUUCCGGCUAUCAUUUAGGCAGUUAUGCGCCGCCCUGCUCGAGUCCACCAAAAGAUGAUUUCUCCAUAUCCGACAAAUGCGAAGAUUCCGGUUUACGCGUCAAUGGUAAAGGCAAGAAAAUGCGCAAGCCGCGCACAAUAUACAGUUCAUUGCAAUUACAACAAUUAAACCGACGAUUCCAGCGUACCCAGUAUUUAGCGCUGCCAGAGCGAGCCGAAUUAGCGGCGAGUCUGGGUCUCACGCAAACACAGAUUAAGAAAAUUGAAAAACUCGUGAAACCUGAAAAAUAUGCAAAAUGUUUUCAAGCAAUCGGCGGAUAG